AUUAAAAAGAAAAAAAAAGGAAAAAGAAAAUUCCAAAAUCUUAAAAACUAAAAGCUGCAAUUACAAACCCCAACUCAUUCCGUUUCUCUCCCAUUUUGUCUCCCCGUCGCCUCCCUCUUCCCCUUCUCCUCUCUCUUUCAAGAAGCUCUCAGCUCAGUGAAAUCGAUCGAAUGGCGGGAAAAGGCGGAAAGGGGCUGGUGGCUGCGAAGACCACCUCGGCUGCUAACAAGGACAAGGACAAGGACAAGAAGAAGCCCAUGUCUCGCUCUUCCCGUGCCGGAAUUCAGUUCCCUGUGGGCCGUAUUCAUCGGCACUUGAAGACAAGGAUCUCAGCCAAUGGUCGGGUUGGUGCGACUGCUGCUGUGUACUUGGCCUCAAUCCUCGAGUACCUGACUGCAGAGGUCCUCGAGCUGGCUGGCAAUGCAAGCAAGGACUUGAAGGUGAAGAGGAUCACUCCGAGGCAUCUCCAGCUUGCUAUCAGAGGUGAUGAGGAGCUCGAUACUCUCAUCAAGGGGACCAUUGCAGGCGGUGGUGUUAUCCCACAUAUCCACAAGUCCUUGAUCAACAAGACCGCCAAAGACUGAGAACGCCCCAUCUUGGGUUUAUCUAAUGUUUACUUACUCGAACUAGCUGUGUUUAUUGUCUUUAGUCGGGAUGACUGUAGGUUCAAUAGGUGUGAAUUUUGUUGGCUUGCCUUGCUAGUAGUAGUGUUAGUAAUGUUUCUUCUUGUUAGCUUAGAGACAAAAUCAGAUCAGUACCAGUACCAGUGCCAUCUAUUUAUCUCCUGCUUUAUCUUUGGACUAGUGUAUGUAUUAUUUACUGUUUCAGGUAGAACCUUUUGGUUGGUUACUAAAAGGUUUGAAUCUUCUUGCCUUGUCUAUCUUAACAUGUUCUGUCAGCUUAACCUGUGCAUUGGGCCGACAGCAGUUUGUAAUUAAGAUUCGAGAAUGCAGGAAUGGUGGUCUAUGUUCUUUGGUU